AUGAAGCAAUUAAAAAUAAAGGCAAAAAAGAAUUAUUAAGAUGAUUUGAAAUAAAAAUCUGACUUCAAAUCUUAUACAUUUAAAUCUGAGCAGGAAUCUAUAUAAGAGAAGUUAAAUAUAUCAACUGUUAAAAUAUUGAAUGAUAUGUAAUAAGUAAAAUCAAAGAUUGUAGAGAUGGAUUCUGAUUUUUAGAUCAGAUAAAAAUCUUAUGAAAUAGAGAAACAAAAAAAAAUUUUGUAAAUGAAAGAAGAAUAAUUGAAGAAUGAAUAAAUGUAAAGUAAAGGCAAACCAAAAAUUAACAAGACUCAAUAAAUAUAGGAUAUGAUUAAUAAUUAUAUGGAAGCAUCCAAAAAUAGUAAGUUUGGAGAUUUAUUACUAAAUAAAGAAAAGAAUGGACAAUAAGAAUAAACUUUAAAUAUGAGGCUUGAAAAUUUGAGUAAUCAUGAAAACAAUGAUCCAGCAAGAAUAGCUACAUAGACAUUGGAAAGUACUAAAAUGUAUAAUGAACAAAGUAAUACAAGAAAAUCAAAUUCUUACAUUCCAAUUCAUGAGAGAGUUAAAUUUAUUAUAUAAACAAAAAAUGAUAAAAUUGAAGAAUAGAAAUAAUAAUAAUAAUAAGAAAUUGAAUAAUAUUAUUCAAGUUUGUCAUUCCAACCUUUAAGCACUAAAUCAUAGAAUGUUAAAUUCACUCAAUUAGAGGCAGAUGAAUUUGUAAGUAAUUAACUGAAAUGGAAUCAAUAAAGAGAGAAAUGGAUAUAUGAAUAAUAAUUAAAGAAGUAAAAUGACACACCUAAGUAUUCUUACAGACCAACAAUAAGUCCAUGGCCUGUCAGAUAAUCAAGUGUUUAGAGAAAAUAAUCUAAAUCUAUAAAUUUAUCUUUCUCCAAACCAACAGCUCAUAAAACUGAAGCUUCACCUAUAAAAAACGAAAAUUCGUCUUUCGUUUUCCAAACGGACUUAAGGAUUGCUAAAAGAAAAGAAAAGGAAUAAUAAGAAUAAUAAAAAUUUUUAAAGUGA